AUGUUCCGUUCUGCGGUCCGUUUCCUCGGGAUCCUGGCCCCAAGGCUACAAGAAGCGCCCAAGCUUCAGCCGUACUUGGCUGCCAAACAGUUUGUGCCUGAAGAUGCCGGGAGGUCCAAAAGAAGAGCCUUGAGAAGAAGAGAGUUUCGUUUGAAAAGACAGAUCAUCAGAGACGUCAACAACUUGAAAAAACAAAGAAUCAAGUUUGCUCCCUUCAACGUGGACCCUGUGCUUGGAGCUAAAGAUGUGCCAUUCAUCACAAGAUUGCAUAAAGAGCUUAAGGAACCAACCAACUUGGCUCAGGGUUUCAAGAGAGACGAAGUGGAGAAAUUGCUUUAUGGAGCCCAGAAAGCUGCUGUGGACUCGAACUUGGCAGGUGACAUAUUUCCUGAGUCUGUGGCCACCAGGGAAGAGAAGAAGAGAAAUGCAGUGUUGACGAUAUUGAACUUGAGAAACACCAAUGCGCAAGACAAGAAGAAGAUGGCGGUUGAUUUUGCCCGUCGUGAGUUCCAGAGAUUUGAUGGCGACUGUGGCUCCCCUGAAGUGCAAGCAGCAGUGAUGACCGCAAAGAUUCAUCUUUCAUUCUCGCAUCUUCAAAAAAACAAGAAGGACUUCCAACACACUGAGUCAAUUCGUCACCUUGUCAACCAGAGACAGAGAAUACUAAAGUACUUGAAGAGAGUGGACCCCGAAAGAUACUACCACACCCUUGCCAAAUUGGGCUUGACUGACGACGUAAUCACAAGAGAGUUCAGUAUGGGAUACCAGUACUUUGAGGACUAUAAAGUGUGGGGCGACAAAGAGUUGGUGAAGAAGUCGGAGAAGAUGAAGCAGAAACAAGCCAAGCUUGCAGACUUGGAGAAGAGAGUGGCUGACUACAACAAGUUGGCGAGAAAGAACUACGAGAUUCUUUACGGGCAGGCAUCAUCAACAUCAUCAUCAUCAUCGUAA